AUGGAAAGAUAUGAAAAACAAAAGACUUCUCCAGUUAACCUUGAAAUAGAAGCAGAGGCCACGGCUACAGCCAUUUCAGAACAAGCGCUGGCAAGUUGCAGCGACUACAUCCACCACAACCUCAACAGCAACUUCAUCUACAACAACAACAACAACAUAUACAACAACAGCAAUCACGAGAGCAACAACAUUUACAGCAUCAACAACAACAGCAACAACACUCUAACUAAUUCAACAAUCACAACAACUUCACUGACGAGAGGCUGUGGUGGUAGCUUCGACUGCCACAAAAACUUCAACGGCAACUGUUACAACAUCAACAACAAAAUGCUGGCGACUUCACUAGCUACGCCAUCAAAAUGUUGCGGCGGGGGGGUUAUGCAACAACAUCAGCAACAAACCCAACUCCAACACAAUCACGAUCCUCUACUACAACAAAACUAUUUAAAUGAGAGGUUAGUUGAAUCGUCGUCGUCAUCUGCCGGCUUCGCCAACAUGGUUAUACGAGGCUCGCCGUCAACAACAACAACAAACUCAUCAAAUGAAAACCAAAACCUCUACAACAACAACAACAAUAUCAACAUCAUCAACAACAACAUUAAGAACAUCAACAACGGCAAAAUGUUUCAACCUCAACAUUGUUGCCCAUCAUCUGUGGAUCAGCAUGUACCGUCAAAUUUUGUUCUGGAUGACCUUGACCUCUGUGCCAUGUCUCAGCGUCACAUCAACAUUGAUGCGCCACUCUGGAAUUUCGGUUGGAAGCUUUUGGAAAUGAAUUCGUAA